AUGGCUUCUUCGACUCGGAACAUCUUGUUCCUCACAAACAGCGAGUUGGGCCAAUGCAAUGUGGCUCUCGCCGUCGCGGAGGAGUUCUUGCGCAAAGGCGACUUCAAGGUGCAUUUCGCUUCUUUCGCACCCGUCGCCGACGAGGUGAAUAAUUUGCACAAGCGCGCCGGAUGCGAAAAUACCGCUCAAUUCCACGAAAUUCCCUCGCCAUGCAUGACCGACUUAGCGAUUCGCAGCUGCGUCGGACUUCUUUUCCACAAGCCCGGCGUGAAGGGCGCGACAAAAGGAUUUGCCAAGGUUGGCCGGGCUAUGGAGAGUUGGAGGCCUUCGGAGUAUAAACAAGCGCACGAUGCUUGUGUCGAUAUUUUGAACAAGCUUCAACCGGCCAUGGUUGUCGUGGACCCAAUUCUCCAUGUUGGUAUAGACGCGUGCCAUGCCGCAAAGACUCGGUUCACCGUUCUAUGGCCUGUCCCCAUCAAGGACGUGGUUGUAGUAAUUCAACCAAAGGCAGCAGUUCUCUGGAAGUACCCAGUGACCGGAUCUGGGUUUCCCUUCCCAGUGCCUUGGAAGCUCGUGCUUCACAACAUGUACCUGAUUUUCCGUGUCGUCAUGACUUUGGCAUUCGGAAAGCCAGUACCCGAUGAGGUCAAGGAUGGAAAGAAGCCGGAAGGGCGCAAUCCAUUUCCUCUGCCAAAUGCCUACGAAAAAGACGCUUUGCAGCUCACUCCCGCUUUCCCCGAACUGGACUUUCCUUUCCAAAUACCGGACAAUGUCGUUAGCUGCGGCCCCAUUCUCCGAAAGUGUCGGCCGUUGUCUGAACAGGACCCCGAAAUGGAUGCUUGGCUUCAAAAGCGUACAAUUCUUAUCAGUCUCGGGUCCCAUGUCAAGCCAACCGAGAAGAUUGCCGUUGACAUGGCCAAGGGGAUCGCAACAGUACUAUCCAAGCAGCCAGAUAUCCAAGUUCUUUGGAAGCUGCGAUAUGACUGGGAGAGUUCAUCGGCGUUCCAAAAAGUCCUCGGCUCACUCAUUACCGCUGGCUCGGUAAGGGUGGUUUCUUGGAUUCAGCCUGACAUUAUGUCCGUCCUGGAAACCGGACGAAUAAUUUCCUACGUGCAUCAUGGAGGAGCAAAUUCGUAUUUCGAGGCAUGCAAAGUCGGAGUUCCACAGGUCGUUCUGCCUCAAUGGCUUGACACUUAUGAUUGUGCGACACGAGUGGAAUGGUUGGGCAUUGGAGUGAACGGAAGCCGAAAGGCAGCACCCGGCAUUGACGCAACCGAAUUCUCCAAAGCUCUCCUGCAUGUCUUGAGCGACGAUGGAAUUCGCACGAAGUCCGCUGCCGUAAAACAGCUAUGUGAGAAGACGGAAGGACGCGUCGUGGCUCAUGAUCAGAUCGUCGAGUUUUGCUCGACAAAGUAG